ACUUGAAACACGUGACUUAAACAUGGGCCCGCACAGGAAAGGUCUGUUGAGUUUCGAAGGUGUCCGAAUCAAACCAGGCAGCACGCUAAUCGCAUUUUUAGAAAGCGUGUGUAAUCGUCACGAUUGCGAAGAAAACGUGCGAAAGAAAGCGGAGGACUUUCUAAAAUGCGAUGCUACUGGCAUACCUUUCGGGCCACUGCGUUCUUUGCGCGAAGCCGUGAACGCCGCGGGCGUCGGUGCUCCCGUUUAUUUACACAAACUGCUGGAGGGAUCGGAGCUCUGUUUACCGAGUCCCGUGACGCCUCCUCGCAACCCCGAACUGGAAGCUCGCGUGCAGAAGCUUAAGGCGCAGCAGCUGAAUCGGGACUACGACCGCAUGACAUCUGAUGUGGACGUUUGCCGCGCCAGGUCAUCGCCGUUCACCAAGGUCGGAGCAGAGGUGCGGCAAGUCAAGCAGCAGUCGUGGGCGCUGGUCAAUCUGCUGGUCACUGUUGCCGGGACGUUCGCUUUCUUCUACAAGGCGGUCGAGUAUUCGCUGCCCGAUCCCCACAUUCCCCUACAGGUCCUUGUUGGACUCAUCGCCUCCAUAGUGGUAGCCGUCGCUGAGUUGUACUUUUUGAUACGUGUCAUCUAGUCCAAGUGCACAGAUUGUCUUUAAAGUCAUAUCUGAUGUGUUUCUUGUGCUCAUUUUGAAGGCUCGAUCCUUUGUGCGGGGAUGUGCCAGAGCAGUGCAAUGUUUGUAGAAUCUGCCGCAACAUUUAUUCACUGGGUGGAAAUUGAGAGCAGUUCCUUUGCAUAACUUGUCAAACAAUGCUGUCGAAUUUUUGAUAGGAGGGACUGGUAAUGUGAGCUGCUAUCUCAUGGAAAUAUAUCUCUCUUUGUAUCAGGGACUGUAUUCGGUUUGCUUAAAUGGAUGCACCUUCUAUACUGGUUUUCCAAGCAAAGUUUUGUGGAAAGCAGCGCUGAAACAAGGGACUAGGAGACUCACGGAAACAGGCACUUGCUGACAUCUGGCCGUACUUAAUGUACCACCAAAGCAAAUGUUAUGAAACGAAACAGUGCUGCACACUUGUGAAGAUACAAGAAGAUGUGUGCACAAACACAUGGAAGACUUGAUUAAGAUUAGCAGUUGAGUUAGUCGACCAAUUUGUCAAAGAGCAAUGACGAUGGUAAACUGACACCUGUUGCACUUUUCUUGUGGAUUACAAACAUUCCGUGAAUCUCUUGAACAUGCAUGUCGCAUCUUUUUCAGUUCACUGAUCAAUCAGUUGCAGGCACACGUGCAAAAAUUAUACAAAUGUAAGGCCAAGUGGCUGGCAGUAAAUAUCUUGAGUGAAAAUAUUCACUUCCUCAGGCAUUUACUUCAUGAAGUAUUAUUAGUUCCUAGUUGGUGCCCAUAUCUGUAUUUCUCUUGAGACCACUCUUUGCCUUUGUGUAGGCUCUAGGAAGGUUUGAGCUGACAGAGAACUUUUUACAUAUGUGCCCAUUGAAAAAGUGCAUACAGUCUUGUUCUUCCUGCUAUGUUUAGUGUCACCAAAGAAUGUGAGUGUCUAUUUUUGUUGUCAUGUAGUUCCUGCCAUUAUUAUUAUUUUCUUUCCACUGGUGUAUUUUUUCAUUAAUUGCGUAAAUGACGAAUACAUGGCAGCUACAAGAAAAUGAAGUUGUGUUGAUUGUGUCUGCUUAGCUUGCAGAAAUUUGCAAGCUGUGGCCAGUUGCAUUUCUGUAAUAAAUGGCCGCAGCAUCAGUGGCAUUGCAGUAUGUGCUGCCUCUUGUGCCGCUAUCCAUCACUAAACUUUCUUUGAAGCUAGCUGAGAGCAGGCCUGUAGAAGUGUGUAAGGGUUUCUAAGAAGCUGUCCAGAAUGGGAAACUAAUGAGACCUAGUACAGGCACGAUCCUACAGUAGUCUACACGGCUGUCCGGGAAAGGGCAUGCCUGCAUGGGAUUUCCUAGUGCAGUGCUCACUGUAAAAAAAAUGUGUGUAUGUAAUGUGUGUUUAUGUACAGAGAAGGCCAGUGUGAUAGGGAACAUAUUAUCGAUGCUUGGGCAAAGGUUAGCACCAGUGUGACUUCAGAUAUUAUUCGCUAAUGCCGUAGUACUCACCAUGUCACUCUCCUCUCAAAGACCCUAUGCUUCUGUGCUUCUAUUCACCACUAAAGCAAGUAAAAUUCUUAGUCCUGAGUACAAAACGAGUUUCCUUUCCAUUGGAUCCGAUUGUACAUACAAAUUCACACACACACACACCUGAAUAAAAGAAAAAAUUUUUCUAUUUCUGACCUCACUGCUCUCAUCAUCGUUAAAGCCCCUCCAGCCUUUGACGCACGCCGCCGUUUACUAAUUCGUAAAACCUCGCCAGUUUCACUUAUGGGGUUUCCGCUCCCAGUGGUUCCUGAAUUUCCCAUUCACUGCUGUUGUAGAAUCGUACCUCUGUGGCAACAAAUGACGUUGCUUCCACUCGGAACAAGAAGCUGAGAUGACGUGAAUUCCACUUGCCAACGGAAGCCGAGAGGCUGAGUUACAGGGCACUGGGGAGGGGGAGGGUAGGCUGGCAGUACUUCAUGCUUUAUGGACGAGUGUUGCCUGUAGAUAGCAUGCCAGAAAGUUUGCGAAAUUUUCAUAUUGAGUACGAAGUUUCUGACUACACUUCUUUUCCAACACUGACUGACAGGCAGCAAGCGUCAUUUGUUGGUUUAGAGCAGGAGUACAGGAUGAGAAAGAAGCUUGGCAUGCGACUUGUAUUCUUUAGAAAGCACGGUCAGAGGAGACUGACCUGUGCAAGAUGUCUGGCUGCUGCUGUUUCACAUACGUGACGUAAAGCAAGUGAAGUGUACAUCUGUGGUUCACAUAUGACGAGAGCUGUCUGUACAAAUUCCAAACGAAGCCUUAGGUGGCUUGGGGUGAAGCUCACUUCCAGUUUUCUGCCUGGGGCUUCUACACUAUUGCUAUAGCGGAGACAUAUUCUUUUGAAUAUUCAUAUGAAAAAAUAUUUUCUUCGAUGUGCUUACUCCCGAUUCGUUUAGCACAUUUAGUUAGAAAAUAAACCUCUUUUGCAGGUAUUUAUAUGUCUCCUCAAGAGGUUCACCUGGUUGGCAGAAAUGUGUACGGAGGAGCUCUAAUUGCCAUGGGAAUUGCGCGGUCUUUAUCUCUUGUCUGUCACAGCAUUGUACAAAUAAUUUUUACUCCAUUCUACGUGCUUCACAAAAUUCACCUUCACUACAGUAGACACUAUUGGAAAAAUCUCCACUUGGCUCAAUUCUCCACCUGCUGCAGUGGCUAUGGCAUUCUGCUGCUUAGCGUGGGCAUGGAGGUUCGUUUCCUGUUUGCGAUUGUCACAUUGGAGGGGGGGUGGGGGGCAUAAUGUAAACGUGUGUGUGCUUAGGUACCUGAUAAAAAAAACCAGGUGUUCAUAAAUAAUCCGUAGCCCUCCACUGUGGCAGAGUAGUAGAGCUCUCGGUCCCUCAUGACCCACGGUGCGGUUUUAGAAAGUUAGAGCUUGCAAUUAAGGCUCAGUUUUUUAUGUAAUUGCGUUGUCUGGCAACCUCUGUUUAGUUCGCCUCUAUUUUGGCGCACCUCCUGUUAAGUUGCUGUGCUAUAAGGCAACACACAUACAAAAACUGCACAACUUCUUGGUUUUUCCUUUAAUCUGUACUGUUGUGACUUGCUGUUGCUACGGUGUUGUGCCGCUGAGAAUAAAGUAGAAGGUUCAGCUACCCAAGUAAUAUUGCGCAACAAAAAAAAGCGACGCGGACGUAAGAGAAGAAGACACACCAAGCGCAAACUUUCGACUAAGUUUAUUGUACCACUGAAUCGGUUUUUUACAUGUGAAACAGUGUUUUCAAUUGGAAGCUUUUUGAUGGUAAAUGAAUGCCAGAGGUGUGCUUGCUUCAAGCAAGUUAUUAUAGCAGGCAAAAUUUGCAGUAGCAUAUUUCUAGCAAGAUCACUAUGAUCUGAAAACAAUGUGUUGCUUGUCCGUCUCUGCUGUUCCAAGUUUGCUGCUGUGUGUUGCGUCUAAUGGUAAAAGAUUGUUCAAGAAGCGUUAAAGAAGAUUGUUACAGAGCACACACCUCGCAAGGUGUGCUCAGAGCUAGCUUAAAGAGUAAAAGACGUGCAGCUACACCCUUCUGCCUCCCUCCACGAUCCAGGGAUUUUACAAAUUUUAAUGUUCACAGGCUGGCGGCUAUACGUGUUAAAGAACCCCAAGCUAUCAAAAGCAAGUCAAAGACCCCUACUUGUGUCUGUCACAGUGUCACAGUCCCUGCAUUGCUAUCAGUCAUCUGUCGAUAGGCAAAUUUGCUGUGGCAUCAAUCAAUCUGUAAAAUGAACUUGAGAGUGUGACGGAAUCCUGUCGGCUCCCAAUGGCACAUCAUGAAAUAAAACAAAACACCGACCACAAAAGAUUUAGUAAGGUUAAUGUUUAGUGUUUAAGACAAGGUUAAUGUUUUGGCUCCCGCACGGGAACCUUGUUCACAGUUGAGACUAAAAGUGACAAAACAGUCGCUUAAGUAUAUCGUAUUAUGUGUCCGAGACAUCUAGCAUACACAGGUCGCAAAUUUCCAUUGUUUCGAUUAAGAGUGUCCGUCAUACUUUGAAUAUAACGUCACCCUAGAUAAUUUUCUUUCGCAAUCACACAUGCCUGAUCCCGGCUAAUAGCUGAUUUCAUAAUAAAUUUUUAAAAUGGCGUGGUUUCCUUGCAUAUCAUCGCAUUGCACAAAAACGAUGUGAAUUCGCUAUACACUGUCUCUUAUGUGGCGUCAGUUCUUUAGAAACCCGCAAGGUGGAGAAAGUUUCAUAAAAGGGAAAGAGUGAUACAAACCUUAAUUAUAGUCUGUAGAUGUUAGCCUGGCUUAGGGUUGGUAAUAUCGAUGAAUGAUUAGUCGAUUAAAUGUGUCCCACAACACCAUUAAUCUUCAUUGAUGUACACCUUUCAUUAAAUCGAAUUAGUCUAUUAGACCUGUUCGAUGAAUCGUUUUGUGAGAGUUUGACGGGAGUGGCGGGAGAGUUUUGAAAUUGUACUGGAAUGGCGGUGUACAAUCAGUGACUGUGCGGCUGUGGUGGUAGAGCCAAUGUUGACUGUUUUUCUGAGUUGCAAGUGAUGCCGAGCUGAACGCUUUCCCUCC